UGUGGUCUGGAGUACGUACGACUGAUACGACUGUUGUGUCUACUCUCUUAAUUAAAUCUUGAUAUGACGCAGUACUGUGGACAUUUAACUGUCAAUUAAUUUGCGCGGGAAAAGGGGCAACCACGUGGGAAUUGGGUCAAGAGACUGAGGGUUGAUUACGGGCACUGAGCAAUGACAGUGCAUUGCUCAAGAUGGGAGAGAGGGGGAGGGACGAGACGGGGUUGUCCCCACGGGUAGAGAGGCGAGUCAUCAGUGGGGCACCCUCCAGGAUGUUGGCAAACUCUCAGCUGAGGGUUCCGUUCACAGGGUGAUUGUCUAUACUCUUUGGGCUGUCGGCAGCUAGCAUGAGGUCCCGGUGUCAGGUUCUGGUCUUCCUGUGGUGUUGCCAAUGGAGAUCGCUCUCCGGACAAGCCCAUAACGUGAUGGUGUACCCGGGGUCGAGCUCGGAACCCGAGGAUCCCGAUCCCACGGUAGCCCAGGAGGCCGUACCCCUCAACCACUCUGACGUGUUUCAAGCCACGACGGAUUGGCAGCCCAUUCGACCGGGACAAGUGGUUCCCGGAGGGCUGCACUACCGCAUAAAUCUGGCGACUGGCACGAAAGAGGCCAAGCUGUUGUCACCUCAAGCCGAGAGUGUAGCUCGGAUUGACGACGCCCAAGGGGUCCAGGGGUCUGAAGCGCCCCCAACCCCUUUGAGGACGUAUGCCGAGCUGCAGGAUAGCUUGGCUGAGCAUAAGCUUAAGAUGAACACGGAGUUCGAGCAAGUGGAUCUACUCAUUCAAACCUAUGAUAACAGUACGGCAGAGGACCGGUUGCGCAUCCUCGACGACCUCGAGUUUCUGCUGCACCAGUACGACAAUGCCCGGGAUUUUGUUCACAUCGGCGGCUUGGAUAGGAUCAUCAAGCCCGCAUUGGCCUCGCCCGAGCCGUCGGUACGGAGCCAAGCUGCCUUAAUCCUAGCUGCGGCGGCCCAGAGCCAUCUCUUAGUCCAAGAACACCUUCAUCGGCAUUCGUGGAUGGAGUUUCUUCUAGAGCAAGUGCGUGGCGAAAGGGAGGUCUCGAAUAGCAUCGCCCUGAUUCACGCCUUAUCUUGCUACAUUCGCGGGCACGAGGCCAGUUUUGAAGCAUUCGUCAAACAUAGUGGCUUUGCCAUCCUCACUCCCAAACUCCAAGAGACCUCGGAUCUCAAAUUGAAGCUCAAGAUCCUGACUUUGUUCGCCGAUUUGAACCGCCAUCAGUAUGUUAGCAAUCGGGAUGUAUGCCACGAAAUCGUGGCCUUGUGUGGCCAUCUUUUAAGCGCGGAGCGACUAGAUGUCAUCGAUCGGGUCAUUGACAUUGUGUCCGUGUUCCAAAAGCCUUGCGCCCCGACCUUUGCCAAUCUGAUCCCCCAAUUUCGACGGGUCCGGACCGAGCUCACGGCCAGAAACGUGGCCGAAGAGCUCGAAAUGGAUUCCACGAUCGAGGCCAUGGACACUCUGAUUGCUCAACUCGAAGCCCUAGCCCGCCCGCAUUCGGAACUGUAAUGGAUUGAGUUGAAUAGAUUUAUAUUUGAAAGAUGUUUUUUUAGGGCGAUCCCGUCCGGUCACCCUUGAACAAUAAAAACAAAGCGUGAUGAUGAUGGUGA